GAUUAUUACCGAGAAAAAAAAAAAAAAAAAUGUGUUUUAAAAACUUGACAACAUGGCGGUAUUGAUGAUAGAGUAAAACAGUAAACAAAUAUAAAUAAAUAAUAAGCUAAAUUAAUAUAUUAACAAAGUAAAUUUUUUAAAUAAUAAGACAAUAAAAAAACACAACAAUGACAACAACAGCACCAAUGGUAUUAUGUCAAUUAUGGAUGGGUGGUCUAGAGCCUUACAUGACAGAGAGUUUUGUUAUGAAUGCAUUUCAUAAAAUGGGGGAACAGCCACAAACAGUUAAGGUUAUGAGAAAUAGAUACACUGGUGAACCAGCCGGUUAUUGUUUUGUUCAUUUUCCCACUGAUGAAAUGGCACUUGAUGCAAUGCACAAGCUUAAUGGCAAAGUUAUUCCUGGAUCAACUCCAGCUGUACGUUUUCGUUUAAAUCAUGCAAGUACAACUGGUAAACCAGUAGCUGAACGUGAAUUUAGUAUAUGGGUUGGUGAUUUAUCAACAGAUGUUGAUGAUUAUUCAUUAUAUCGUGCAUUUGCUGCAAAAUAUAAUUCAAUAAGAACAGCUAAAGUAAUAUUAGAUUCAUCUGGUUUUAGUAAAGGUUAUGGAUUUGUUAGAUUUGCCAGUGAAGAAGAACAAAAAAAUAGUUUAGAUACAAUGAAUGGAUAUAGAGGUCUAGGUACAAAAUCAUUAAAAAUAUGUAAUGCUGUACCAAGACCAUGGAAUAAAAUAACUGGUACAAAUUCACAAUUAAGUGGUGAUUAUUCAUCAACAAAUAUUGGCUCAGAUAAUUAUAAUUAUUAUGACACAUCAUCAUAUUGGAAUAGUUAUAGUGCUUGGCAACAAGGUUACUAUGGAAGUGAACCAACAUCUGAUAAUAAUUAUGGCUCUUAUGUUUCUGAACAUAAACAUGAUGAAGAUGAUCUUGAAUUAAUUGAACACUCAAUUCCAGUUGACAUUGAUAAACUCAACAGAGAUAUGAUUGAUCAAGAUUACAGUUUAUGGGAUGCAUUGGAAAGCUCAAAAUGGAUACCAUGUGAUACUCCUGAUCUUUGCUAUUAAUUUUUUUUUUUUUAUAAACAUAGACAUAUUAUAUAUAAAUUUUCUUACAGAU